GUGUUUAAAAUGUUUCAAACCCAUUUGAAAUGUUUUAUCUAACCCCCAAUUUUAAUUUCGAAAUUUAUAUUUUUAAAAGCAAAUAGGACACAUUAAAGCAAUAUUUUGUCACACACCAUUAUUUGUAUUUCAACUGAUGCCAGAAUCCUCACGACUUUUUGGUUGUUCCCGGUGUAUUGGGAAACACCGCGAGUGCAGCAAGGCAUUGCAAACAAAACUCCUCAUAACAUACACGGGAGAAAAGUGAAGACAUCGGAAUUCGGGGACUCCUGUAAGAGCAGCCACGGCCGCCGGCUGGCCAAUCCGCGCCGCCAGCUGCGCGUACAGCGGUGCGGCAGCGAAUCACGUGCCGCGCCCGGGCCUUCACGGAGCGCACAGGUAGGGACCGGCCCGGCUGUGUACGUAUCCCAGGCGCAGCUGUCAGGUCACAGUACGGAUAAAAUGAGCAGCCGAGGGGGGAAGACAUGUCCUGAAAUAACAUCAAAGUGCGGGUAGAAAAACGACUCGCUCAGACUUGGGGAGUGCACAGAGUGAUGGGGGAUCAUUGUAUGUUUUUCUGGUUUAUCAGAAAGUGAUAUCAGUAUUGUUUCGAUUCGGGGAGCGAAUUUCCUGGCUGUCGCCGGUCGGAGGCACCCCGCUUUUACAGAUGAUUUGGUUGCCCAGACGUCUCUCCUCGCCAUGAUUUCUCGAGGUGGGUGAUUAGUCGGGACCUGUUUACUCUUGAGCGGCCUCGGUGCUUCGGCUCUGCCACCCCCAGCAGUCCUUUUCGGUGCUAUCGGCACGGGCAGCCCGCCGAUGUCGGCCCGGCGGUGCUCGGGGACCUCCGGGCCGGGCGGCGGCUCGGCUCCGGCGGGGACCGAGGUGCCUGGGGGCGGGGAGCCGACCAGGGAGCUCUUCGAGGCCUGCAGGAAUGGGGACGUGGAGCGGGUGAGGAAGCUGGUGACCCCGGAGAACGUGAAUAGCAGGGACACGGCUGGCAGGAAAUCGACACCGCUGCAUUUCGCCGCAGGGUUUGGCCGGAGGGAUGUUGUGGACUUCCUGCUGCUGAGCGGGGCCAACGUGCACGCCCGCGACGACGGGGGCUUGAUCUCCCUGCACAACGCCUGCUCCUUCGGCCACGCCGAGGUUGUCAGCCUGCUGUUGCGGCACGGGGCCGACGCGAACUCGAGAGACAACUGGAACUACACUCCGCUCCACGAGGCGGCCAUCAAGGGCAAGAUUGACGUCUGUAUAGUCUUGCUGCAGCACGGCGCAGAUCCGUUGAUUCGCAACACGGAUGGAAGGACAGCGUUGGAUCUAGCCGAGCCAUCCACUAAGGCCGUGCUAACAGGUGAAUACAAGAAAGAUGAGUUACUUGAGAGUGCAAGAAGUGGAAAUGAAGAGAAAAUGAUGGCACUUCUUACACCACUAAAUGUAAACUGUCAUGCCAGUGAUGGCAGGAAGUCAACCCCUCUCCAUCUGGCCGCAGGAUACAACAGAGUUAAGGUUGUCCAGCUGUUACUGCAGCAUGGAGCAGAUGUGCAUGCCAAAGAUAAGGGUGAUCUGGUGCCACUUCACAAUGCCUGUUCCUAUGGCCAUUAUGAAGUUACUGAAUUACUCGUGAAGCACGGUGCCUGUGUAAAUGCAAUGGAUCUGUGGCAGUUCACACCCUUACACGAGGCUGCCUCGAAGAACCGCGUGGAGGUCUGCUCCCUGUUGCUAAGCUAUGGUGCUGAUCCCACUCUGCUAAACUGCCACAAUAAGAGUGCCAUUGACUUGGCACCCACGGCCCAGUUAAAGGAACGGUUGGCUUAUGAGUUCAAAGGUCACACGAUACUGCAGGCUGCAAGGGAAGCAGAUGUCGCCCGUAUCAAGAAACACCUUUCAUUAGAGACCAUAACCUUCAAGCAUCCUCAGACACAUGAGACGGCAUUGCACUGUGCAGCUGCUUCUCCCUAUCCCAAGAGAAAACAAGUGUGUGAAUUACUUCUCAGGAAAGGAGCCAACGUGAAUGAAAAGACUAAAGACUUUCUAACUCCUCUCCAUUUGGCUUCUGAAAAAUCGCACAACGAUGUUAUAGAAGUACUUGUGAAGCAUGAAGCAAAGGUCAAUGCCUUGGAUAACCUUGGACAGACUCCGCUUCACAGGGCUGCUCACUGUGGCCAUCUCCAGACCUGCCGUUUACUGCUGAGUUCUGGCUGUGACCCGUUAAUAAUGUCAUUGCAAGGCUUUUCGCCAUCCCAGAUGGGCAACGAAAGUGUGCAGCAAAUCCUCCAGGAGGGAGUUCUCAUUGGAAAUUCAGAUGCUGAUCGGCAGCUGCUGGAAGCAGCAAAGUCUGGAGACUUAGAGAUUGUGAAGAAGCUCUGUACUCUCCAGAAUGUGAACUGCAGGGAUGUGGAGGGACGCCAGUCCACGCCUCUUCACUUUGCUGCGGGAUACAACCGUGUGGCUGUGGUAGAGUUUUUACUGCAGCACGGCGCUGAUGUUCAUGCAAAAGAUAAGGGUGGUUUGGUUCCUUUGCAUAAUGCCUGCUCUUAUGGACACUAUGAGGUGGCAGAGCUGCUGGUCACACAUGGUGCUGUAGUCAACGUUGCUGACUUGUGGAAGUUCACCCCUUUGCACGAGGCUGCAGCCAAAGGAAAAUAUGAGAUCUGCAAACUUCUGCUGCAGCAUGGUGCUGACCCCACCAAGAAGAACCGUGAUGGAAACACGCCUCUGGAUCUGGUAAAGGACGGGGACACGGAUAUCCAGGAUCUCCUCCGAGGAGAUGCAGCUCUUCUAGAUGCAGCCAAGAAAGGCUGUUUGGCCAGGGUGAAGAAGCUCUGCAGUCCUGAAAACGUCAACUGCAGAGAUACGCAGGGCAGGCACUCGACGCCUCUGCAUUUAGCGGCUGGAUAUAAUAAUCUGGAGGUUGCAGAAUACCUUCUCCAGCACGGUGCUGAGGUCAACUCGCAAGACAAAGGAGGCCUCAUCCCGCUGCACAACGCAGCUUCAUACGGGCAUGUGGAUGUGGCAGCUUUGCUCAUCAAGUACCACGCAUGUGUGAAUGCCACAGAUAAGUGGGCCUUCACCCCCUUGCACGAGGCAGCGCAGAAAGGGAGGACGCAGCUCUGUGCUUUGCUGCUAGCGCACGGGGCCGACCCGACUCUGAAAAACCAGGAAGGGCAAUCUCCGCUGGACCUUGUGACGGCCGAUGAUGUGCGAACCUUGCUCACAGCAGCCAUGCCUCCCUCGGCCCUGCCUUCCUGCUACAAGCCCCAGGUCAUCAACGUGUCUGCCGCCGCCGCCGGGGGCCCUGCCCCGGCCAGCCUGUCCUCAGCCAGCAGCCUGGAGAACCUGUCCGUGGCUUUCCCAGAGAUGCCAGGGCUUCUGGGAACCAGUGGAGCGGAGGGCCCCGUGGACAGGAAGGAAGAGGUUUUAGGGGUCGACGUCAGCAUCAAUCAAUUUUUAAAGAACCUUGGCCUUGAGCACCUAUUAGACAUCUUUGAGAGAGAGCAGAUCACUUUGGACGUGUUGGUGGAGAUGGGCCAUAAAGAACUGAAAGAAAUUGGAAUCAAUGCUUAUGGGCACCGACAUAAAGUUAUCAAAGGAGUAGAAAGACUGAUUGCUGGUCAGCAAAGUUUGAAUCCCUAUCUUUCUUUGAACGCUACUAACAGUGGAACAAUCCUUGUUGACUUGGCAAUUGAAGAUAAGGAGUUCCAGUCCGUAGAAGAAGAGAUGCAGAGCACAAUCAGGGAGCACCGAGAUGGGGGUCACGCAGGGGGAGUUUUCAAUAGAUACAACAUUGUAAAGAUACAAAAAGUCUGUAACAAAAGGCUGUGGGAGAGGUAUACUCAUCGCAGAAAGGAAGUGUCAGAAGAAAAUCACAAUCACUCUAAUGAAAGGAUGCUGUUCCAUGGUUCUCCAUUUGUUAAUGCAAUUAUUCACAAAGGUUUUGAUGAAAGGCAUGCCUACAUUGGAGGCAUGUUUGGAGCUGGAAUUUAUUUUGCUGAGAACUCAUCCAAGAGCAAUCAGUACGUCUAUGGAAUUGGAGGUGGGACAGGGUGUCCUGUCCACAAAGACAGGUCUUGCUACAUAUGCCAAAGGCACUUGUUGUUCUGUCGUGUAACCCUGGGAAAGUCCUUCCUGCAGUUCAGUGCCAUGAAGAUGGCUCACUCUCCGCCUGGUCACCACUCGGUUACAGGCAGGCCAAGUGUGAAUGGCCUAGCACUGGCAGAAUAUGUUAUCUACCGUGGAGAGCAGGCUUAUCCAGAAUAUUUAAUAACAUAUAAGAUUGUGAAACCUGAGAUGACUGCUGAAGGAUAAGAGUGGAAAAACAUGCACAUGUUCAGUACAGUGGCUACAAAGUCCAAGGAACUGUACAACAGACAUCUGCAUUCCUUGAAGGAUGGUUGUGGAGGAGGGUGGCUCUAUAUCUUGCAUGAAACAACUUUAUACGGUGUAUAAAAUAACGUUUCUUACUUUUCAAUUGCUUGUUUUUCAUUUUCAGCACUUUAACUUAGCAUUCCAUGAGCAGAGAGGAAUUGGCCUAUUUUCUGUAAUGCAUAUAUAAAAGGGGCUUUGUACAGGGUCAACACUUCUGUUGUGUGAGAACCAUCUACAGUUUAACACUACAUAACAAAAAGCAGCUCUUCAAAUUCAAGCGUUGCACAAAGCACAGCAUCAAAGUGAACUAUUUAUUUUAUGACGCUUUUGUAAAUAAGAUUUUUGUACUAGCAUGUUAAUUUAUUUACAUUUGUAAUAUAAAAAUGUUCUGUCAUGAAUUAAAACUGAAUAUGGGGGGGAAAGUUCUUCUGAACCAGCAUUACAUAACCAAAAUAGCCUUUUUCAGCCUGUUGUUGACCACACAUGUUGGUUCUGUUUUGAUAAAUGUGAGUGGUUAGUUCAGAACUAGCAUGAAGCUCCUUGUGAGCUUUGUGUGGCACGUUUGUUUAGUCUUUGUAGCUGCAACUAUGGAAACAAUUAACAUUUUGAUAAGUUAUGGGGACUUCAAGUGGUGUUAUGUUUAAUAUGUUCUCUUAGUUUGGCAAACUAUAGAUACUUAGGCUGCUUUCUCAACUGCAUUUCUUUGAAAUCCAGCAUCAUGAACAAGAUCCGUUCGAGCUAGUGAGAAGACCUCAGAACAGGUGUGAUUCAAAACUCCACAUGUUAAAGGUGUUCAUUUCUUCCAGGAUUUACUGCACCGAGCACCCUUACUUCUUUUCCCAUCAGGCCCUGACAAGUGUAUAUUUUUUUAAGUUGAAAGAAGAGUCCUGUAGAAGAGUAAUGUAAAAAAACAAGUUUGUUUUUACCAGUAUACCCCUAAAAAAAUAACUGAAUUAUUUAUUAUUUCUUUAAAAGGAACUUUAAUCUUUUAUUUUAUUGGGAGAAAAGGAAACUAACUGAACUGUAUAAAAUGUGUAUUGUUGGACUACGUUUCCUGGCAGAUACUCUGUUGGAUGCAUUGCACUUUUACUUGUCAUUAAAGAAAUGCAAGCUUGACAUUCUGUUAAAUAAUGCUAUCAUUGUGUAACUUUUCUACAGCACUCAUUCAUUGUGCAUGGUAUUUCCAUCAGGAUUCUUUUCUACAUGGUUGUCAGAUUUGUGAUGUAUUGUAUUGACCAUAUUUGUAUUAGGCUGCUGCAUUUGUUUCCUUGGGUAAAAAGAGGAAGAGUUCCCAUAAACCAGCAGUAGACAAAUAAAAUAAUUGUAUUGUUUGUGA